UGUUAUCAGUUUUAUCAGCUUGGGUCGCACUGUGUCGGUGCGUGAAACACGUACAUACAAGUUUGAUGUUUAUCAGUUACAUUAGUGAACGACGAAAUGGCGGAUUCUUACCCAAAACCUUUUUCGAAUAAAAUCGAGUUGGAUAAAAACAAGGUACUCGGUAGAGGCAAUUCAGUGGUUUAUAGUGGGUCUUAUGAACGUCAUCCAGUGGCUGUCAAGAGAAUUGUAGUGGAUACAUUGUCAAAAGAAGAUCGAGAGGUAAAAACGCAAGUCAGACUUGAUCACGACAACGUCCUGAAGAUUCUGACUGUUGAACAAGAUGCAGAUUUCAGGUACAUCGUUCUGGAACUGUGUACAGGCACACUGGCAGAUGUUUGUAAUAACAAAUAUCAAGGGCCUGAUUUACCGUCAGAUUGCACGGUGCUGAUUGAGAUUGCCACCGGGCUACAAUACAUCCAUUCAAAGAAAUUGAUUCAUCGGGACAUCAAACCUGAAAAUAUUCUCAUUUCUUUGGAUGGUCGAAUCAAGUUGUCCGAUUUCGGUUUGUGCAAGGAGACUAGCACCAAUCACACGUAUCUAGUCAGUGGCCCAUUGAAAGGAACAGGAAUUUGGAUGGCGCAGGAAAUGUUGAACAUAUCCGUAACUGAUUCAACUCCAAUUAAAGGCUCAAUUCAAAGUGACAUUUUCUCGGCCGGAUGCGUCUUUUUCUAUUUUGUUACAAGAGGAAUCCAUCCAUUCGGCGAAGAUAAUUUAAUUGCCGGAAAUAUCAUUAAGGACACCCCAGUUAACUUUGACAAAUUAAAUAAGGGCAGUUUCAGCUUCGAUGUCAUUCGUCAAAUGCUUCGACAUCAACCAAAUGAAAGAAUUGAUUUGGAACAAGUUCUUGACCAACUUAAAUAUCAACUUACAUUGCAACCAGGCUAUAAUAGGCUAGCAAAUGUCGUCCGUCGCAUGAGUCAGAAGAGUGCUAUCAGCUAUGGGAUCGAUAUCUACAAUUUACCGUUUAAAGAAGUUCGGAAUCGGGACACCCAACGUGUCGACCGUUUCUAUUUCGGUAAGACCCCGUUGGCCAGCAACAGCAGUAUGCAAAAGACCAUCUUGAUAGUGGGUGACCGAGGUUCAGGCAAAAGUAAUCUGAUCAAUGCCAUGGCAAAUUACGUAUUGGGCGUCGAGUGGAAAGACGACUUCCGUUUCAAACUGAUUGACGAGGAUCACAACCAAAUGGACCAAGUGAUUUUCUACCAUUUAAAUAAGAAGGAAGGAUCUCGGAUUGGCUGUCCUCUGACUAUUGUAGACGCACCAACGUUUACUGGCCACCAAGACAAUGACGAAAAAAUCUAUCUACGAAUUAAAGAUUGUUUCCGAUCCUCAAAUGAGAUUGAAAAAAUAAAUGCCAUCUGUAUUGUUAUAUACUCGUUCCACAGCACUCUGACGCAAGAGCAGCGUAACUGGAUUUCCCACAUACGGAACAUUUUUCGAGAUAUCGAAGAUGAAAUUCGAUUGCUGGUGACUUAUGAUGAAAAUUGUCUACCCGACAUGAGGACAGUCAUAGAGGCCGACGAGAUAUUCGGUCCAUUGGACCUUCCGCAUUAUUAUUUUUUUAAUAAUUUAAAUUUCUUCCCGACCAACACACCCGACCACAACACAUACAAACGAACUUUUUUUGACAUAUCUGUGAAGAAUUUUGCUAAAUUUUUUUUCCAUUUGGAAACUCUCUUGUUUAACCUGAAUCCAGCUAUUUAGUAGGCAUAUGAUUUAUGAUGAUUUUGACAUGUCCAGCAUGUGCACUACCGUUUCGGAACUUAUUGACUUAGAGUAAUGAGUCAAAUUUAAUGUUUUAUCACCCAAUUUUUUUAUUAUGUUUGUUGAACUAACUACCGUAAUAGCUUACUAUAUAUGCAUGCUACUGUAUAAGU